AUGGACCCUGUGAGCCAGUUGGCGUCGGCGGGCACCUUUCGGGCACUGAAGGAACCCCUUGCCUUCCUGCGAGCCCUGGAGUUGCUUUUUGCAAUCUUUGCAUUUGCAACAUGUGGUGGCUAUUCAGGAGGCCUGCGGCUGAGUGUGGACUGCGUUAACAAGACAGAGAGUAACCUCAGCAUCGACAUAGCCUUUGCCUACCCUUUCAGGUUGCACCAGGUGACCUUUGAAGUGCCCACCUGUGAGGGGAAGGAACGGCAGAAGCUGGCACUGGGUGGCGACUCCUCGUCCUCCGCGGAGUUCUUCGUCACCGUGGCUGUCUUCGCUUUUCUCUACUCUCUGGCUGCCACUGUCGUGUACAUUUUCUUCCAGAACAAGUAUCGUGAAAACAACCGGGGCCCGCUCAUUGAUUUCAUUGUCACUGUGGUCUUUUCGUUCUUGUGGUUGGUCGGCUCAUCUGCUUGGGCGAAAGGACUGUCUGACGUCAAAGUGGCGACCGACCCAAAUGAAGUCUUGUUACUGAUGUCCGCUUGCAAGCAGCCCUACAACAAAUGCAUGGCUGUCCACAGCCCUGUCAUGUCCAGCUUAAACACAUCUGUGGUCUUUGGGUUUUUGAACUUUAUCCUCUGGGCCGGCAACAUUUGGUUUGUCUUCAAGGAGACCGGCUGGCAUUCCUCGGGACAGAGAUACCUGUCUGACCCCAUGGAGAAGCACUCCAGCAGCUAUAACCAGGGCGGGUACAACCAAGACAGCUAUGGGUCAAGCGGUGGCUAUGGCCAGCAGGCGAGUCUGGAGCCAUCUUCUGAUGAGUUUGGCCAACAGUCCACGGGCCCCACUUCCUUUAACAAUCAGAUGUAA